AUUUCAUUAGAUAUCGUUUUGUACACUCCCCACAAACACUCAGGUUGAUAUAUUCCGAUCCUCUCAUUCUCUCUCUCUCUGUCUCUCUCUCCGUCUCUCUCCGUUUCGCUUUUGUGGUUUCAGUCUAAUCCAUGGCUACUCAAGGUCAAGUGAUCACUUGCAAAGCGGCGGUGGCCUGGGAACCCAAUAAGCCGUUGGUGAUCGAAGACGUGCAGGUGGCUCCGCCGCAGGCCGGAGAGGUCCGCGUCAAGAUUCUCUACACUGCUCUCUGCCACACCGACGCUUAUACCUGGGGCGGCAAGGAUCCUGAAGGUCUCUUCCCUUGUAUUCUUGGUCACGAGGCUGCAGGUAUUGUUGAGAGCGUGGGUGAAGGUGUUACUAUAGUUCAGCCAGGAGACCAUGUCAUCCCUUGUUACCAGGCAGAAUGCGGAGAAUGCAAGUUUUGCAAAUCAGGGAAGACAAAUCUUUGUGGGAAAGUACGUGCUGCCACUGGAGUUGGAGUCAUGAUGAGUGAUCGCAAAAGCCGUUUCUCUAUAAACGGAAAACCUAUCUAUCAUUUUAUGGGAACAUCAACGUUUAGCCAGUACACAGUUGUUCAUGAUGUUAGUGUUGCAAAGAUAGACCCAAAAGCUCCAUUGGAGAAAGUUUGUCUUCUUGGAUGUGGUGUUCCUACUGGUCUUGGAGCUGUUUGGAACACAGCAAAGGUAGAAGCGGGAUCAAUCGUUGCUAUUUUUGGCCUUGGGACUGUUGGUCUUGCUGUUGCAGAAGGUGCCAAAACAGCUGGUGCAUCGCGGAUCAUUGGCAUUGAUAUUGACAGCAAAAAGUUUGAUACAGCAAAGAACUUUGGAGUUACUGAAUUUGUGAAUCCAAAGGACCACGAGAAGCCAAUCCAACAAGUCCUUGUUGAUCUCACUGAUGGUGGUGUUGACUACAGUUUUGAGUGCAUUGGAAAUGUCUCGGUGAUGAGGGCUGCCUUGGAGUGCUGCCACAAGGGCUGGGGAACAUCUGUUAUUGUUGGUGUUGCGGCAUCAGGGCAGGAGAUCUCUACUCGUCCGUUUCAGUUGGUGACUGGUCGUGUGUGGAAAGGAACAGCCUUUGGUGGUUUCAAGAGCCGCUCGCAGGUGCCAUGGCUUGUAGAAAAGUACUUGAAGAAGGAAAUCAAAGUUGAUGAAUACAUCACCCACACUUUGACUCUUGGUGAGAUCAACAAAGCAUUUGAUCUGAUGCAUGAAGGGGGAUGCCUCCGGUGUGUGCUUUCUACCGAUGCAUGAAGUGGGAUGUCUUCGGGGUGUCCUUGCUACGGAUUCACGAAGAAUUCCAUUUAGGCUUAUUCCAUGUUUCUUGUGUGAUGGAACUCUCAUUAUCCUUAUCCCUUUUAACUUUGACACUGCUCUGCUUUGAUUAUAAAUAGAACUUCGGGCUGGUUUGCUAUGUGUUAUAUUAAAACAUCUUGCAGUUGUGCUUUGCUAUCGUAUGUGUAUUGUCGGAACGUUUUGCUGCAGAAUUAUAAGAUUUCUAUCGGUGUUUUGUCUU